GCGGGCGCCGGACCCCCAGGCGGAGCGACAGGUCUCGGGCCCUCAGGCGGAGCGGCGGGCGCCGGACCCCCAGGCGAAGCGACAGGUCUCGGGCCCUCAGGCGGAGCGGCGGGCGCCGGACCCCCAGGUGGAGCGACAGGUUUCGGGCCCUCAGGCGGAGCGGCGGGCGCCGGACCCCCAGGCGGAGCGGCGGGCGCCGAGUCACCAGGCACGACAGUGGGCUCCGAGUCAACUGGCAUGACCGCUGGCACUGGGUCAGACAUUGGAUCGUCUGGCUGGACAGCGGGCAUCGGGUCACCAGGCAUCAAGUCAUUUGGCUCGACAGCGAGCACCGCGUCAUCUGGCAAGGCAGUGGGCUCUGAGUCAACUGGCAGACCGCGGGCACUGGGGCAGACAUUGAAUCGUCUGGCCGGACAGCGGGCAUCGGGUCACCAGGCAUCAGGUCAUUUGGCUCGACAGCGGGCACCGCGUCAUCUGGCAAGGCAGUGGGCUCCGAGUCAA